UCCACACAGGCCUCGUUUCCAUGCUCCGCGCUCCCGAGCUCUGCCGGGAGUGGAGAAGGGCAGUACGAAUAUCGGCCGGAAGGGGAGCCGCUUGAAAGGCGUUUCGCGAGUGGACAAACAGACCAGGUGACGGGGGACGCCUCAUUCAGCCCUUUCUGUUCUGUGUGUGACCUCAGUGGAGUUUCUUUCCUGCCGUUGUUCUGAGGACAUCUGGCCCGUCGGACUGACCACCACCACUGUGUGUGUGUGUGUGUGUGUGUGUGUGUGAUACUUCUAAGGACUGCUCAUGCAUCGUUUAAGGACUUGUGCGGCGCGGUUGCGUCCACUCACAGCCUCGCAGGCAGCUCAGACUGUCAGCCAGCAGCGACCAAUCACAGUUGCCUCCACAGGUGACACAAGGACGUUUCAGCCAAUCAGAUACUAUUCUACACCAGUGGCCUCAGAGCCUUUUCUAAAUGGGACAAGCACCAACUACGUGGAGGAGAUGUACUAUGCCUGGCUGGAAGACCCCAGGAGUGUUCACAAGUCAUGGGAUGUGUUUUUCCGCAACGCCAACGCCGGAGCUCCUCCUGGCGCUGCCUACCAGUCUCCUCUGUCAGUGUCGUCAAGCCUCAUCGCUCCUCAGCUCUCCUCUCUGGUCACAGCUCAGCCCAAUGUGGAGAAGCUGGUGGAGGACCACCUGGCCGUCCAGUCCCUCAUCAGGGCCUACCAGAUCCGAGGGCACCAUGUGGCACAGUUGGACCCUCUCGGCAUCAUGGACGCCGAUCUGGACUCUUGUGUCCCCACUGACAUUAUCACCUCCGAUGACAAACUGGGCUUCUACAACCUGGAUGAGUCUGACCUGGACAAGGUGUUCCGCCUGCCGACCACCACCUUCAUCGGAGGCACAGAGGCCGCCCUGCCACUCAGAGAGAUCAUACGGCGACUGGAGAUGGCGUACUGUCAGCACAUCGGGGUGGAGUUCAUGUUCAUCAACGACCUGGAGCAGUGUCAGUGGAUCCGAGAGAAGUUUGAGACUCCGGGAGUGAUGCAGUUCACUCUGGAGGAGAAGAGGACGCUGCUGGCCCGAAUGGUCCGCUCCACCAGGUUUGAGGAGUUCCUGCAGAAGAAGUGGUCUGCAGAGAAACGAUUUGGUCUGGAGGGAUGCGAGUCUCUGGUACCUGCUCUGAAGACCAUCAUUGAUAAGUCCUCUGAGAACGGCGUGGACUACGUCAUCAUGGGCAUGCCUCACAGGGGUCGUCUGAAUGUUUUGGCCAACGUCAUCCGUAAAGAGCUGGAACAGAUUUUCUGCCAGUUUGACUCCAAACUGGAAGCUGCGGAUGAGGGCUCUGGAGAUGUGAAGUACCACCUGGGUAUGUACCAUCGCCGUAUCAACCGUGUGACGGACAGGAACAUCACCAUGUCUCUGGUGGCCAACCCGUCUCACCUGGAGGCUGUCGACCCCGUGGUGCAGGGGAAGACCAAGGCUGAACAGUUCUACUGUGGAGACAACGACGGCAAAAGGGUCAUGUCCAUCCUGCUCCAUGGAGACGCAGCGUUUGCAGGUCAGGGUAUUGUCUAUGAAACAUUCCACCUGUCUGACCUGCCGUCAUACACUACACACGGCACCGUGCACGUCGUCGUCAACAACCAGAUUGGCUUCACCACAGAUCCUCGUAUGGCUCGCUCAUCUCCGUAUCCUACUGAUGUGGCUCGAGUCGUCAACGCUCCCAUCUUCCAUGUCAAUGCCGACGACCCCGAUGCUGUCAUUUACGUCUGCAAGGUGGCCGCUGAGUGGAGAGCCACAUUUCACAAGGACGUGGUGGUCGACCUGGUGUGUUACCGUCGCAUGGGUCACAACGAGAUGGACGAGCCAAUGUUCACUCAGCCGCUGAUGUACAAACAGAUCAAGAAGCAGAAGCCUGUUCUGCAGAAGUACGCAGAGAAGCUGAUCGCAGAGGGAGUUGUGAGCAGGCAGGAGUACGAGGAGGAGAUCGCCAAGUAUGAUAAGAUCUGUGAGGAGGCGUACGCUCGCUCCAAGGAUGAGAAGAUUCUCCACAUCAAGCACUGGCUGGACUCCCCAUGGCCUGGUUUUUUCACUCUGGACGGACAGCCCAAGUCCAUGAGCUGCCCCUCCACCGGUCUGCCCGAAGAGGAUCUGAACAACAUCGGACUGGUGGCCUCAUCGGUCCCUGUGGAGGACUUCACCAUCCAUGGAGGUCUGAGUCGAAUCCUGAAGGGUCGAGCUGAGAUGGUCCGUAACCGGACAGUGGACUGGGCGCUGGGAGAGUACAUGGCCUUUGGGUCGCUGCUGAAGGAGGGGAUCCACGUUCGGCUGUCGGGACAGGACGUCGAGCGAGGGACCUUCAGCCACCGUCACCAUGUCCUUCAUGACCAGAAUGUGGACAAGAGGAUCUGUAUUCCCAUGAACCACCUGUCUCCAGACCAGGCGCCAUACACCGUGUGCAACAGCUCACUGUCCGAGUACGGAGUCCUUGGUUUUGAGCUGGGUUUUGCAAUGGCGAGUCCCAACGCUCUGAUCCUGUGGGAGGCCCAGUUUGGAGAUUUCCACAACACGGCCCAGGGCAUCAUUGACCAGUUCAUCUGUCCCGGUCAGGCCAAGUGGGUGAGACAGAACGGCAUCGUGCUGCUGCUGCCACACGGCAUGGAGGGCAUGGGUCCAGAACAUUCUUCAGCUCGUCCCGAGAGAUUCCUCCAGAUGUGCAACGACGACCCAGAUGUCAUGCCGAACAUCACCGAGGACUUUGCCGUGCGUCAGCUCUACGACUGCAACUGGAUCGUAGUGAACUGUUCCAACCCUGGAAACUACUUCCACGUCCUCAGACGACAGAUCCUGCUGCCGUUCAGGAAGCCUCUGAUCGUCUUCACUCCCAAGUCUCUGCUGCGACUCCCAGAGGCCCGAUCCAGCUUCGACGAUAUGCUGCCUGGAACUCACUUCCAGAGGUUGAUCCCAGAAACAGGAGCAGCACUGGAGCGUCCCGAGGAGGUGAAGAGGCUGAUCUUCUGCACAGGGAAGGUUUACUAUGAGCUGACCAAAGAGAGGAAAAGCAGAGACAUGGAGGGGACUGUGGCCAUCGUACGCAUGGAGCAGCUGUCCCCGUUCCCAUUCGACCAGGUGAAGGCCGAGACGGAGCGUUUUCCCAACGCUGACCUCGUCUGGUGUCAGGAGGAGCACAAGAACCAGGGCUACUAUGACUACGUGAAGCCUCGCAUCAGGACCACCAUCCAGAGAGCCAAGCCCGUCUGGUACGCUGGCAGAGAACCAGCAGCAGCUCCAGCUACAGGAAACAAAAACACUCACCUGAUGGAGCUGCGGCGUUUCCUGGAUACCGCCUUCGACCUGGAUGCGUUCAAGGAUCGGCAGUAACCCCUGGAGGAACCUCAAUUGUCUCAUCUUUGACCCCGACCCUCCUGGAUUCACACCGCACCAUCAACACACACACACACACACACACACGCACACAAGCCACUGCCCACCGAGUACACACACUGUACUACUGCUUACUGUGGUCUGUAAGUACUCUGUCUACUAAGUACCAAAGUAAUACAUAGAUUCUUCUUACUAGUCAGUAGAUACUGCACAGUCUGCACACACUGUGCUUUACCAAGAAAGCAGUACAUAAGUACUGCAUGCUACAUAGAGUAUUCCACCAGGUUUACUGUCAGUUGUAUCACAGUGGUUCCAGUUUACUGACUGAAGUUACUGAGUUUUGACAAAAACAAAUUGUUUUUUCAGCAGAAGUAGCAGUUUGACACCUUUUAGUUCUUUGUUUCACACUGUGGUACAGUUUACUACAGUUUACUGCCACUGUAGUGUACUCUCAGCAUUAGUACACAGUGACAAGGCUGUCACUUAACUUAAAUGCGGACCGGUGUUCACACACGAGAAAAAUGUCAACAGUGUGUUGAUUUUUAUUUUUAUGAUCAAUUAAAUGGUUUUUUGCUUAAUUAAUUAAUUGAUUGAUUGGGUCAAUAAAUUGUCAGAAAAUAGUGAAAUAUUGUCCAAACAAAGUCCAUGGUGACGUCGGGUCAGCACAGUCAGACUCCUGUGGAUAAAGCACAGGGCGUCCCACUGGAGGAGCUGGAACCAAAUCCUCUGUCACAGUGUGCAGUAUCAGUACUGUGUGUACUCUGUCCAGUGCUACAGCAGCUUCAGGCUCCACCAGCAACUUUCUUGGCCACGAUUUGCCUCAACGUGCUGCUUUUAUACACACAGUAAGAAAAGGUUUGGACUGAGCACUCGCACAGGUGCAACGUCUCCAAGUCUCAGGACAGAGAAGUUUUAACUCUGGAAAAUGUAAAACAUGGUUUUCAUGAAGCAAAAGAAAAAGCUGUUAAAUGUUCGAAGAUUGAUUCAAACAGAGCGGCAGAUUCUUGGCAGGAAAUCGAUGAAAACAGAUGAUGGUUUUGGAGGAAAAACAGUCCAAUCCAGUCUGUGCUGAGCCAUUCAGGAACUUGAUCUGAACAAAGUCCGGUCUAAAAUUGGCAAAUUUCUGAAUGAAGUCUGGUACCAUCGGGCCAGAUUUUCAAAUUUCAUACUUGGACAGUUUGAGAAACAUAUCAGUUUGUUUUCAGAAAGUGCUGAGAUUUGACCCCCAGCCCUCCUGUAGAGCUGACCAACAACAUGAGGCAGCUUUUAGGGCCAACACAGGCUCGUGGCAGCUUGUCAGAAGUUUCUCUGCUGAGACAACUGUUCAGGCAACACUGGUCCUGAAAAGGUUGAGUCAGAGCAGCUGGUGGAGUGGAGCCUGAACCUGACCUCUGAACACCGGCCUCGGUCCAUGCACACACACACAAACACUCCUCCAUCAGGUCAGCAGGAGUCUCAGAAACCAUAUCUCCUCAUAUUGUUUCUCCUCUGUAUUUUGCCGUCAUCAUCAUCAUCAUUACGCCUUCCUCCCACACCUCAUCAUACCCAGAAAUCACGCUUUCUUCGCCUGUCACAGGAAACAUUAAAUUUUUUGUUUUUAUGUAAAGGCUCAUUAGCGCUCCCCAUUGAAAACAAAUAGCAGGCUGUAAUUUUUGAGGGUCCCAUGUGUUUGCUUAAGGACUGUCAGUAAUUAGUCACCACGGCAAUGCUUAACUGCACACGUAUAUUUAAUUAUAGCUGUCUUUUAUUUUGAAAGGAAUGAAAUGUCUGAGGUCUGUGCUAUCAGGCAUCCCCACAUCAACUCAGCCAUGUGGGCAGCUGAUUAUAAUUCAACCUCUCAUCCCUCUGUCUUCUCUCUCUCUCUCUCUCUCUCGAGCAUUUACCCCGUGCCAAAAUGGAUCGCAGCAUGUUUUUAUUGUG